AUGAGAGAGCUACCGUCACAAUGGCGUUGCCUCAGUUUUACGCACAUUGUCUUCCUGGGCUUCUUCAUGGCUCUCUUACAUCUUUUCUUGCUCUUGUCGAGUUUGGUGAGCUUAGCCCAACAAGCCGAGCUUGCCGACUAUGUCUUCACAAGUACCGGUUCCGAAGGCGGAGGGAACACAUUCCCUGGCGUGUCAGAGCCCUUCGGUAUGGUGAAGCUCGGCCCUGAUGUAUUCCAGGACAGGGUUGAUAGCUACUCGGGCUACUUGGCCAAUGGCAAAAUCAAGGCAUUCAGCAUGCUUCACCUCAGUGGCACCGGCGGAGCUCCCAAGUACGGUGUCGUGGCUCAGAUGCCAGUAGUAGGAAAUGUUGCCAACCCCCUCGACGACUACAUGGCAGCACGAGAUGCGCCCGACAUGACAGAGAUCGGCUACUACAAGUCACGCCUAGCGACUGGGAUCACGGUGGAGCUGGCAGCCUCUUCUAGGGCUGGCAUGCUUCAGUACACUUUUCCUUCUUCCGGUCCGACCCCCCGAAAUGUCAUCGUCGACGUCUCGCACGUUCUUCCCUCGUACAGGGGCAUGGGACUAGGCCAGAGGUAUCUCGGGGGCAGCAUCAGCGUGGAUAGAGACGACUCGGGAAGGGUGAAAUAUAGGGGAUCCGGCUCCUACGACAACGGAUGGAAUCGAGCUCCCAAAUGGACCGUCUAUUUCUGCGGCACUUUCAACUCUUCUGCUACCUUCAAGACGUUUCUAGGCACCAACUCUACCGGCAACACAUUGUCCAACUUGUCGAGUGACAACAAGGUUGAAUCGCUCAACCGCCUGGGAGCCGUCUUCACCUUUGACGCCGUCAACGUGGUAUCGCGCGUGGGCGUUUCGUUCAUUUCAGAGGACCAAGCAUGCACAAACUUGGAUCAGCAGAUCCCCGAAAGCAUGUCGAUCUUGCAACUGCGACAGAAAACAAGGGACAUUUGGAACACUGAUGUCCUCUCUAGAGUGACUUCCAACGACAAAAACACCACCAAGUUGCAGCAUCUAUACACCUCCAUGUACUUCAUGCAUCUGAUGCCAAUCAACAAAACCGGAGAAAACCCAGAAUGGAAAUCGACCGAACCAUACUACGAUGAUAUAUUUACCCUUUGGGAUCUGUUUCGCUGCACCACCGCUCUUCUCCAUGUCUUUCAGCCCAAAGUUUACGAGGAAUUCAUUCGAUCUUUGAUUGACACCUGGCGCCACGAGGGUUACUUGCCCGAUGCUCGGUCUUCUUUUUUCAAUGGUGCGAUACAGGGCGGAACCAACGCGGACACGGUUCUCGCCGACGCUUAUGUUAAGGGCGUCCGUGGCCAAAUUAACUGGGAAGAUGGGUUUGCCGCCAUGGUCAAAGACGCCGAGGUUGUUCCGGCGUUGAACGACGACCCUCGUGACAAGACAGGUUCAACCAAGGAAGGAAGAGGAGCGUUACUCGAUUGGAAAGAGCGCGGAUUUCUCUCUACCAAGUUCAAGAGAUCUGUGAGCCGCGCGGUAGAGUAUUCCCAGAAUGAUUUUGGCCUUUCACAGGUCGCCAAGGGCUUGGGAAAGUCGGCAGAGGCUGAAAAGUACAUGAAGCGAUCGCGACAAUGGAGGAAUCAUUGGAAUAAGGACAUGAACGCACUUGGGUUCUCUGGUUUCCUUGGACCACGGGGUGAAGAUGGGCACUUUCAGGAGCAGGACCCCUUGAGUUGUCGCGGCUGCUAUUGGGGUGACGAUUACUAUGAAGCAUUGCCAUGGGAGUAUACUUUUGGGCCUCACCAUGACAUGAACACAUUGAUUGACUACUCAGGGGGUCCCCGGAGAUUUGCAAGCCGUCUUCAGAUGACUUUCGAGCCCAACGUCGUUCCCAGGGGCCACGAGAGAUUUAACAAGAUGAUCUUCGACCCCGGCAAUGAGCCAAGCUUCACAACCCCCUAUCUUUACAACUUCGUGGGCCGUCAGGAUCUGACAGUCAACACCACACGCCACAUCGGAAAGACUUAUUAUGGCGUUCGGCCUAACGGCUUGCCGGGCAACAGUGAUGCCGGCGCCAUGGAGUCGUGGAUUCUUUGGGUUAUGCUGGGUCUUUACCCCAUGACAGGUCAGACCACUUUUCUCAUCGGCUCACCCUGGCUUGACGAUAUCACAAUUUCAUUGGGUGACGGAAAGUCCCUUCAAAUCACUUCCACGGGCGGCUCUGAGUCCUCGUUCUACGUUCAAAGUCUCAGAGUCAACGGGAAGAACUGGACGAAGACUUGGGUUACCUGGGACGACAUAUUUGCUAAGGGCGGAAAGCUCGAGUUCACCCUUGGCCCAGAGCCAUCCAACUUUGGUGCCUCCGGCUCCGAGAACCCACCGCCUCCUAGCCCAGCGAGCGAGUCCAAAUCGGGAGAAACUUACAUGGGUGACUUGGGUGGCUACUCUCCCAAUAUGAAUGACGGCCGUCCGUCGUGGCUUAUUCCUGUGGCUGUCACGGUUCCUGUGGUCGUCGUGGCGGCACUCGCCAUCUGUGUUGCUUUCUUCUUCAUCCGCAGGCGUCGUGCAGCCGCCACGCAGAAGGCGUUGUUCUCCGGCUCGGGCACUCCCGAGUCCGGAGCCGGAUCUCUCACACCAACGAAUCAAGCAGUUGAUGCUUCCAAGAAGAACAUACAGGUCGAGGUUGUGAAGGUGUCGCCGCUAGACUCAACUCACAGUGACAAUCUAGACCAGCUACCUCCACCUGUCGUCAACAGGUGA